GAGGAACCUUGUGAACUCAUUGCGCAGAGAUCUAGAAGAUUGCUGGGAACUUGACGUUCCAGCCUACGAACACCCGCCCAUCGACCGCGAUACACAAGAGCAUCGCUUCCUCAUCCUUCAUCCUUGUCCCGGCGACAAGGGCGAUCCACAGAACCACGUGAGAUGCAGCAUAGAAGUGCGGCCGCUCGCCAAUAUCGGACCUUUCAUCGCCGUCAGAGACAGUAGAGGAUACCGGCUGCUACAGGAUGCCAUCGAGAUCGACGGCAAAGGACUAGUAGUCCCGGCCUCGGUUGAGGUCUUUCUUAGGUACUUUCGUGGUCACCGUCUGCCCGUGACGCUAUGGAUCCGGCACAUCUGCCUUCAGGAAUUCUCCUCGCGGGAGGAGAAGAAGUGGUACUGGACCCGCGAUUUUCUCGACUCAAUGUACGCAAAGGCCACGCAGGUCGUGAGCAUGACCGAGAUCGUCACCGAGUUGAUCGAGAGGGGUAUAGUCGAAAGAAGAAUGCAGGACAAGUACCGAGCAUGGGACAAGACCUGGCAUUAUAUUGGCGACGAAUCGCAGCCGCCGCGAAAACUCACCUUGCCUACCGUCUAUCCGAUCAAGCUAGGAAAAAGCCCAUCUAGCGUUGCGCCCAGUACGAACCACGACUACGUCCCGCUCGACACGCUCGUCGACGAGAUCCGCAUGCUCGUCGUCGCACCUUCAGAGGACCGCGAUGCACAAGUAAUCACCCAUCUGGCCCACUGCCCCGUUGUGUGCGAGGUCGUCUACCACGCCUUGUCAUACACUUGGGGAAAUCCCGGUGAUACGGUCGAGAUCGUCGUCAACGGCCAGAAGAUGCAGGUCCGACGGAACCUGGAGCAAGCCUUGCGUACCAUACGGAGCGAGAAACUGGCGGUAUCCAUCUGGAUUGAUGCCGUAUGCAUCGACCAGCUCAACGUUGCCGAGCGCACCAGACAGGUGCCGCGCAUGUUUGAUAUCUACGACCGCGCAUCCCAAGUCAUCUGCUACGUUGGCGAGCACAGCGAUGAAACCGAUAAGGCGCUGGAGUUCGUUUAUCCGAUGGACCAGCUCAAGAUUGAGAUGAACGAAAAGGGCGAGUAUGACAUUGGAAAGGGGGACGUCAAGAUUGGUCCGGACAUCUACCCCAGGCGCUGCGCGGCUUUGUACAGGUUCAUGUGUCGUCCCUACUUCAGACGAGUUUGGGUCGUCCAAGAGGUUGCCAUCUCGUCGGAUCCCGCGGUAAUAGUCGACAACCGAGAAGCCGUCGCUUUCGGAUCCCUCGAUGCCGCCGCGUACAAUCUACAAGCCAUGAUAGCCUUCAACCCCGUUCUCAGAACGCAGAUGAUGAGCGCAGACCCGCAACUAGAUCAGUUUGGUCUAUCGUACGACGAGCUCAUCUUCAUUCGUAAGCUCUUUUACUUUAGGCAUCUGAUGGCUGGAGGCAGACUUUAUGAGUCCCUCUUCCCUCCAAACGUGAGGGAGGAUAGUCCCGGCUUUCUCGAGGCCGCCAUCCUCACACGAGACUUUCAGGCUACUGAUGGCAGGGACAAAAUCUUCGCUCUGUGGAACUUGGCGAGGGAUAAGAGGGGUCUACAAUUCAAGAUGGAUUAUAACAAAAGCCGCCAGCAGGUCUUCCUCGAUUUCGCAACGGCCUGGGCCAGACAGCACGGGAGUCUUGAUAUCAUCGCCGCCUCUGAGCCGUGGCAUGAUACAGAUGGUUUUUACAACCACGUACCGUCGUGGUGUCCAGACUGGGCCGCCCCUGCAGCCACGAGCUGCCUGGUUCGUCGAGAGAGAAUCCCCAUGAGGCCCAUGAUGCGGAUGGAUGAUCUGGACGGCGAGCUGUACUCGGCAGAUGGAGGGAUCGGGCAGCUUCGCAACUCGGAGGAGCUUUUCAGUUUCGCAGGGGACAACCUCAACUGCCGCGGUGUCAUCCUAGACGAGAUUGACGAAAUCAUCGAAGAUCCCGGUGAGAUCCCUUCGGGACACAUAUUCCAGCCGCCCGACCCCGACGCAUUCUACAAGUUUCAAGAGUGGACGGCAGCCAUACCAAAGAUCUAUCAAAACCGAGAAGACAACCCUUACAAUGAUCCGUUACAAGCAGCCAUUGCCAUGUUCCACGGCGACGUGACCUCGGCCUGGGAACGCUGCGACCAGGACCCGGAAAAGCUGGAAACCCUCGGCGCUCGCUAUCACAAGACCAAGGAGCAGAACGAGUGGUAUAACUAUGACUGCAUCACUGAAAAUUCGCGCCAUAUCCCGACGCACGAGUGGCCUUUCAGCUAUGAAGGGCGUCCGUGGUUCGAUAUCGUACAGUCGGUGCUUCGAGGGAGGGCGUUUUGUAUCACGAAAAAGGGGUACAUGGCCCUCUUGCCUUCGUAUGUCUCUGGGAAGACUUCUGAGGAACCGUGGCUUUUGGCCGUGGUAGCGACGUGUUCUGUGCCGGUUUUGCUGCAAGAGGUCGACAGUGUAGAUGGGCAGACUGUGUACAGGUUUGGUGGCACCUGUUUUGUCCAGGGAUGGAUGGAAGGAGAAAUGUUGAUGAAAUCCGGAAACACGGAGUCACCGGCUGGGUCUUGGUUCACGGACGAGGCCAAGAGUCGUACAUUGUGUAUUCGUUGAGGUCUUGUCGUGUACUGAAUGAGCCUUUGAAGCAACACAAUGAAAAGUAGCGCGGCUGUCUAGAGCCCCUUUUCCCUUGCUGUGCCACAUUAUAAACCCCUGAAAA